UUUACACUGCAGCCCUUAGAUUACACUGGUACCGUGGGCCUCCAUUCAACUCGAAGUAUCAAUAGAAAGCGACGUAGCGAGGGUUUUGCUACUUCUGCUCUUCAGACCUAUCACCUAGGUUAUGCCUAUUGCCGCCGCGGAUUUUGAGAAUUUCCAGAUCUGGCUUUGAUGCACACUACCGUCCACUGUGUUGCCGGCCCCUCACAAGUUGUGGACGCCACGUCCUUCAUUCUUGUCAAUUUGCAGAACCCGGCCAUCGCUUCAUAAUUUCUGUGAUCCCUGCUAUUGCCUUCUGCCGAGUCUCUGGACCGGUGCGCUUUUUGAUUGCCCUUGUCCCCCUAAAUCUGCAAUUUGCCUUAAGUAAAGUUCUAGUACAAGCACCCGAAUGAGCACAACGAUUCUGACCGGUACUGGGCGACGCCCUUCUGUGCUGCUCUCAGAGCUACAUAUGCCUGCAAAUACACACGGCCCGCAACCAAUGACAAGCCCGAUAGACAAGUUUCCGCCGUUCAGUGACGAGUCGUCCGAUACGCUGACGGAGCCAAGGGAACUUCACUCGAGUCCCUCGAUUAGAUAUGCGUUUACACGCGGGGAGCCGCGAAAGACAGGGCAGUUUCCUUACGAUGAGAAAACAGGAUUGGCUAAGAAUACGAGACAACGAUCGAGGAAGAGUAUAAGCGAAGCAAUUAGCACCAUCAGGACACGCAAUGGUAGCGUGAGUGCCAAUGCUCAGGAGCUGGCUGAGGCACUCAAGGCACCAGUCUCAUACCAAUUAAUUACUCUUUGUCUCAUCUGGUAUAUGACUUCGGCUUUGACAAACACCUCCUCAAAAUCGAUUCUGAAUGCGCUGCCGAAACCAAUUACCUUGACGAUGGUACAAUUUGCCUUCGUGUCUUUCUGGUGCCUGCUGUUGUCGUUUAUGUCCAAAAUGUUUCCCUCACUCAAGGGUAGCAUACCAGCGCUUAAGCAUGGCAUUCGCACACCAUCACGCGAUAUCAUUGCUACUGCAUUACCUUUAGCAAUAUUUCAAUUAGCGGGUCAUAUCCUCAGCUCCAUGGCCACCUCACAGAUACCAGUCUCGCUUGUUCACACCAUUAAGGGACUAUCGCCCCUGUUCACGGUCGUAGCAUAUCGUGUGCUAUUUCGCAUUCGAUAUGCCAAAGCGACUUAUUUGUCGCUCAUUCCAUUAACCCUCGGUGUCAUGCUCGCGUGCUCCACAGGUUUCUCAACUAAUUUCUUCGGCAUUCUAUGUGCGCUAAUCGCAGCUCUUGUAUUCGUCUCACAGAACAUAUUCUCGAAAAAACUGUUCAACGAAGCGGCACGCGCAGAAUCAAAUCUCGAACCCUCAAGUCGGCAAAAAAUGGACAAGCUGAAUUUGUUGUAUUACUGCUCUGGCCUAGCUUUUGUCCUGACGCUGCCCAUAUGGUUCGCCUGCGAAGGAUACCCCUUAAUAUCAGACCUCAUGCAGGACGGUGCCAUCUCUCUAACAGGAAAAGAGGAUUCUCUUGACCACGGUGCUCUGUUCCUCGAAUUUGUUUUCAACGGUGUGUCGCAUUUCGCGCAGAACAUUUUGGCGUUCAUCCUUCUAUCUAUGAUAUCGCCAGUGUCAUACUCCGUUGCAUCAUUGGUCAAGAGGGUGUUCGUCAUUAUUGUUGCGGUCGUUUGGUUCGGCAGUUCAACGACCGUUGUUCAAGGACUUGGGAUUUUGCUCACUUUUGUUGGGCUUUAUCUUUACGACCGCAACAGUCAUGACGACUUGGCUGACCAGAAAGCAAACGCUGAUCGCUUCCGCGCUAAUGACAUGGUACUCCCGUUGAACGCACGGGCACCAGGGAAAGCAUGGCAGUCCAAUGGUUUCGCUACAGUCUCAAGCAAAAUAACGGACUAUCAGCCGUUGGGUGAUACGAUCUCACAUACGACCGAUUCGAAGAAGGAUGAUAACUCGAUUUACGCUCGUCCAAGAGGAAGCAGCUCUUCCCGAGUCUGGCUCCCCCCUGGUACCAGGCAAGAGACUACGUGGCAUCCUAAUGAUUCCUAAGCGAUGUCUUCUCUUUUCUCCUACCCUUUCCAUUCACUAUAUAUCUUGCCGGAUCUAGUUGUGAAACAGUAGAGCUGGCAAUAAUGUUAUCGAUAUUGCGAGAUACCUAGGGACUGGUUUGGGGAUUCAGAGCGCGGUAUAUAAUGCCUUGAUGAUGUCCUGCCUACUUGGCCAGGUCGAUUCAAACCCGAUUGCGUAAAGUACACUCAAUGCAGCGCCGUAGAACUGAUACAU